UUCAAGUUGUUGGUACAAAAUCUGUAGUAAAUUGUUUUGCUUCCCAUAGAGUCAAAACUAUAAAGAAUCAGGAACCAGCAGUCGUAGGUUCCAGCUCCGUCUGAAGGUUAAAUUUGUCCACUUCUUAUUUUGACGCUUUAUUUAAUGGCAUCAUAAAAAAGCCAACCAAAAAAACAUAGGUACAUCAAUCAGUCAAGAUUGUUUGUUUGCUAAACAAAGUAUACAUAACAGAUAAUUAUUCUGUAUUGCGUAGGAAGCUUCAAGUGGGUUGCAAUCAAUAUUUCCUGCAGGCUUUCAUUGGAGCCCUAGACGGAGCUCAAAAUAAAUGCAACCCGCGCCUGCGCGCUGCACACCGGCCUAACUAUCAAACACACAACACACGACGUUAUCUCCCAGCCAUAAAGUUCAUAUUACUUUGGCAAUAGUGAUGCGAUUCCAGGUUCCUGUAAUUUCUCUGGUAGACUGAAAGCGUGCAACAGUUCCGCGUCGGUCUCCGUAACGAGCAGUUCAGGCAUUAUCUUUCCCGGUGUUAAAGUGUUAAACUUCACAUAUUAAGGAAUAAUUCCAAUAAUAAUAUCAAUAUUCCUGGUUUUCUGCCUUGAAUUAAAAUGAUCUCGCUGAAAACCCAGAGCUACGUUAUUUUCGCCCUGAACAUUGCUAACUUCAUCUGGUCGUACGUCGUACAAUACAUUGAAGAGAACUACAUUUUCCAAAACUCCGAAGGUCUCUGCCCCACCGCGCCUGUUACUUGCCUCGCUAACGGCAGCUUCAUUUCCAACUGUUAAGCAUCAAUAUUCGCAAUGGGCCCACUCGCAGUCUUAAUUAUGGCGACAAGCAUCGUAGGAACAAUGGGCUUUAUCCCCCAUGGUUCUAUUGGGGAAAAGGACCCCAUCCUAACGGAGGCUUUACUUCGUGAAGUCGUCGAGCGUAUGGGCAAGGAAUUCAACGACGCUGCGUCCUCGUAUCUCGAGUUCCCGUCGAGCGACCGUCACCUAUCGCUGAUGUCUCGCGCCAACAAGGAGCUGGAGAACGAACAGCUGGACUACGACUCCCUCAUCGACGGCAACCCCAACCCCAGCCUGCGGGACCAAGAGUACCUGCAGCACAGCUCCCUCUGGGGCCAUCAGUACGUAACCGGUGGUGCUGGCGAGGGUGAGCAGCGGCUUCAGCCUUCUGGUGUGAUGCCUAACCAUCAGAUGGUGAAGACCGAUGCCGUGCUCCCGGCCUACUGCAACCCCCCGAACCCCUGCCCCGUUGGAUACACAGAGGAUCAAGGCUGCAUCAGCGAGUUCGAGAACACCGCCGCCUUCAGCCGUGAGUACCAGCUGUCGCAGCACUGCAUGUGUGACGGCGAGCAUAUGUUCAGCUGCCCCGCCGACUCCUCCUCGGACCUCGACCUUCCUUUCCCCGAGCACCACAAGAACCUCGUCGCCAAGAAAUACCAACCGGCUGUAGAAAAUCCUUAUUUGACGGGCGAACGCUUACCGAUCGCAGCCAAAAAAGGUUUUGAUGUCAAUACGUACUAAGUCUAGUCUUAAAUAGGUGUAUACUAUAUUAGUUAGUGUCUAUUUUGUCGUACAUAAUGUACCAUCUCUAGCCCAAAGUCUUUGAGGCGUAUUCUAUAUCUUUGUCUAGCGGUUCUGUUACAACCUCAUUUAUGGUAAGUGUCGGGAUCCUGCUGAUAGGGCUAAAAGUCUUGGCAGAAAGCAAGAACGUCUUUGCUUGACACUAGAGGGUGGUAAAGUAAGAAAGGAAAGAGAUUGUUAUUGAGAAGUUGGUAGGUAUAUAUUUUUGUAAUCCCAAUUUAAACUGUCACAGUUUCCAUGUUUCCUCUUGAAAGUAUAUUUUCUAAUAUCUUUGUAUCGUAAUAGAUAUCGUGGCGGACAUUCCUUAGCAUAGAUGUACAGUUAAUUGGAAGGUUUAAUUAGCUGUAGUUCAUUUAAAGUUUACUAUUAUUAAUAAACGUUGAAGCUGUGAAUUUUGUUAGAUGUACAUAACUUUCAUAUUUUGCGGUCUUAAUUGAUCUUCGUUGUGCAUUUAUUUUAAUAUAUUUAAUUUAAUUAGUUUGUUACGCAUUUACCUCCUAAUUUUUUCUAGUCAUUUUUUUUAUUUUAAUUAUAAAUUGUUUAACAGUUUGAUCAGUGCUCUAGCCUACUAUUAGGUAUAAGUUAAGGACUGUGUAUAUAUAGCCGUUUGGAACAGUUGCGAACAAGCUAAAAAUUUCAUAGUUAUUGUAUAUAUGUAUGUAUCAACACUAUCAAGGCCGAAUAUAGAUUUAAAAAGAAAUAGAUAAGAACCUAUUUAGUGUAUAAAUUGUAACAUAAGUUUCAGUAAAAUUAAUUCAUUUUUUUUCAUUACAACAACUAGUAUGAUUUUUCUAGUCAUUUUGUGUAAUACUUGCCAAAAGAUACCAAUGAUACAUCUAUAGCCAGAUAUAAAUUCACAAAGGCAAAACAUUCCUUGUAGCAAAGUUGGGUAAAAAACAACUACUUUUGAGCAUAUUUAUUUUUAUUAUAUUUGACAAUAUUUGAAGCCCUAUCACGAACUCUAU